AACCGCGCUGCCUCCACCCCCUCCGGUUUUGGCCCUUCUCUCUCGCUCUGCCGGCGUGCCCAAUAUAUACGCCCCUCGAUCGCGCUGCUCAUCAGCUCAUACAUAGCAGACCUGCCGACCAAGAACCUCUUACAUCAGUUUCGUUCCUUGCACUGUCUUCUGGCAAUGGCGGAGGCCAAGGCUGCACCUGCGAUGGUGAAGGAGGCCGAGGGCAGCGGUAGGAGGAAGACGGUGGUGCUGGUCGCCGUGGACGACAGCGACCACAGCUACCGCGCGCUGGAGUGGGCCGUGCGUCACGUGGCGACGGCCGGCGUGGCUGCCGAGCUCGUCGUCGUCCACGCCAAGCCCCCCGCGUCCUCCGUCGUCACCUUCGGCAGCCCCGCCGCCGCCGGGGACGUGGUGAGGGUCGUGGACGUGGACCUGCGCAAGAGGGCCGAGGACGUCGUCGACAGGGCGCGCCGCCUAUGCGUCGCCAACUCGGUGCAUGGUCUGAUAGAGGUGAUGGAAGGAGAGGCGAGGUACGUGCUCUGCGACGCCGUCGACAAGCACCACGCCGAUCUGCUCGUCGUCGGCAGCCAUGGCUACGGCGCCAUCAAGAGGGCAUUUCUCGGGAGCGUGAGCGACUACUGCGCCCAUCACGCGCACUGCUCCGUCAUGAUAGUCAAGCAGCCCAAGUCCAAGAAAUGACCGCGUCAUUAAGGCGCCGAGCCUGUUGUAUCUCUUUGUAAAAUCCUGAGUCCUGUGUGCGUGCAAGUGAUGUCAAACAGAUAUAUCUAAACAGUGUCGCGAAAACUGAACCAAUACCUCAAAUCCAGGUUAUAUUUCCAGCAUUA